UUGAGAACAACUGAAAUGAAUAUAAACACGCCUUCUUUGACAUACACCUGGAUGGGUAAACAGAAACUAAACCGUACUCGAAUGAUAAACUUUGCAGCAGAACAGUUUAUCUCAAAGUACAUCUUGUGUAGUAUCAAGAAUGCCUGACCAGCAAUGGCUUUCCAAACUAAAAGAAGUGAUUGGAAAAAGUCCUUUGGCUUUAAACACAGGCAUAGGUUUCGUCCUCUUGGGGCUGGAGAAGAUGACAGAACUGGAAUUUCAGUGUCCGUGCAAUCCUUAUAGGAAUGCAUGGUUUUCCUCAGCAUUCUUUGUCAUUCCGGCACUGAUGUCUAUUAUUUUGAUGCUGAUCAUAAAUAAAGUCAGAUGUGCUUCGUGCUUGGAUUCAGCGGGAGGUAAUAGAUGUGCUUUGCGUUGGAAAAAGUGUGGCAAGCUGAUGUCCUGCGUUACGCCAGCAGUGGUGUGGCUGACCCUGGUGUUCUUUGAUGGCAAUUACUACACCUGUGCAGCUACAAGCUGGGAAGGAGACUAUGUCAACGUGGACAGUGGUGCCCCUCUGAAAUGGUGUAAACCUUUGCAAGUGAAUGAAGCUGAAAUGGAGCAACUGAGGAUUCUCUUUAAAGAUUCCCUGUUUUGGUCUCAGGUCGCGGGGUUUAUACUGCUCGGUUUAAUCUGUUUGGUACUUGGAAUCCACUGGCUUUACCAAUGCUGCAAAAAAGGAGAGGUAAUCCUCGAUACCGAACAACCAAUGAGAGAAUUCCGAACCUCGGAAGUCCAGAGUCCUGGUCAACAAUGAUCCUCAGAGAUGUCAUCAUCAUGUAAUAAAUGCAUGGUAUUUUUAUUAAAUAUAUCCUUCCAUUGUUCAUCACUCUUUGUUCAUUCAACUAAGACAAAUAAAAAC